UUAUUCGUCAACUUUAAGUUAUAUUUCGAGUAUAAAAAGUCAAGUGGCUAGUGGAUUUUAAAAGAUAAAAUGAAAAUAAUUCACGCGGAUGAUAAAAAGUAAUGUCAAUCGUUGGUCAUUAUCUUGAAAUGUUGAGGAGAUCGAAUGCUGUCGACGGAGACUCACAAAUUCCAAUUCCGAUCGUUAACAUCAUUCCGAAUGUUGAAGAGCCGGAAAAAAAGUUGGAUAACGUCGAGAAAAUUAAUAUACCUCAAAGUGAAAAUGAUUUGAAUGGACCAACAGCUUUGGAGAGACUUCGAAAAUCGUUAAGGCGUCUAAAAAUAUGUAACAGGUUAACCUCUUUACCGGGACACGUGUGGGAAUUGCAAAAUAUGCUGCCAUCUGAAGGUCUGAGGCGAAAAUCGCAGCCGGCCAACAAACCGGAUGGGGAAGUUGGUGGUGGAGGCGCCGGGGUUUGUUUGAUGACGGAGAGUCCUUUUCGAAUUUUAAGGGCCGCUGAAAGUGGAAAUUUAGAUAUGUUUAAACGGUUGUAUUUCGCCGAUCAAGAAAGGUUGGCCAUUAAAGACAGUAGAGGAAGAACGGCCGUUCAUCAAGCUGCAGUACGGAAUAGGACUAAUAUUUUAGAAUUUAUUUUGUCACAAGGAGCAGAUUUUAAUCCUCAAGAUAACGCCGGAAAUACACCAUUGCACGUAGCAGUAGAAAACGGUUCUUUAGAUGCAGUCGAUUAUCUCCUACAAAUUGGCGUUAAAACCGACAUUUUAAACGAGAAAAAGCAAGCGCCCGUUCAUCUCGCCACCGAAUUGGAUAAAGUCACUGUACUCCAAGUCAUGAGUAAACACAAGAGUAAAAUAGACAUUCAACAAGGUGGGGAACACGGAAGGACCGCCUUACACAUCGCAGCUAUUUACGAUCAUGAAGAGUGUGCGAGAAUUUUGAUAACGGAAUUUGGUGCAUGUCCUCGAAAACCUUGCAAUAACGGUUAUUAUCCAAUUCAUGAAGCAGCAAAAAAUGCCUCAUCAAAAACGUUGGAAGUCUUUUUACAAUGGGGUGAAGCGCGCGGGUGUUCCCGUGAGGAAAUGAUCUCAUUUUAUGACGCCGAAGGAAACGUACCGUUACAUUCUGCAGUUCACGGAGGUGACAUCAAGGCCGUCGAGCUUUGCCUAAAAUCCGGUGCAAAAAUAUCCACCCAACAACACGAUUUAUCGACUCCCGUUCAUUUGGCUUGUUCCCAAGGGGCCACAGAAAUCAUAAAAUUAAUGUUCAAAAUGCAGCCGGAAGAAAAAGUAACGUGCUUAGCGUCGCAGGAUGCCCAAAAAAUGACACCUUUACAUUGCGCGGCAAUGUUUGAUCACCCCGAAAUUGUGGAAUGCUUAAUUUUAGAGGGUGCCGAAAUUAAUGUUGUAGAUAAAGAGAAGAGAUCGCCUUUGUUGUUGGCAGCUUCGAGAUCCGGGUGGAGAACUGUACACGCAUUAAUUCGUUUAGGGGCGGAUAUUAAUGUUAAAGAUGUUAAUAGGAGGAAUGUUUUGCAUUUGGUUGUUAUGAAUGGGGGGAGAUUAGAGGAAUUUGGGGAUGAAGUUAGUAAGGCGAAAGAUCAAUCAAGUUUGUUACAACUAUUGAACGAAAAGGACAUCUCGGGAUGUUCACCACUUCAUUACGCCAGCAGGGAAGGUCACAUUAGAAGUAUUGAGAAUUUGAUCCGUUUGGGAGCUUGUAUAAACUUAAAGAACAACAAUAAUGAGAGUCCUUUACACUUUGCGGCCAGAUAUGGAAGAUAUAACACGGUAAGACAACUUUUAGAUUCCGAAAAAGGAACUUUUAUAAUAAACGAAAGCGACGGUGAGGGAUUAACUCCGCUUCACAUAGCUUCGCAACAGGGACACACAAGAGUCGUUCAGCUUCUUUUAAAUCGAGGAGCUCUAUUACACCGAGACCACAACGGAAGGAAUCCUUUGCAUUGGGCUGCCAUGAACGGUUAUACGCAAACGAUCGAACUUUUAUUAUCGGUUCAUUCCCAUUUGCUCGAUCAAACCGAUAAAGACGGGAAUACCGCUUUACAUUCGGCUACAAUGGAAAAUAAACCAAACGCGAUCGCUUUACUUUUAAGCAUGAAUUGUAAAUUGCUUUAUAAUAACUUGGAGAUGAGUGCGAUUGAUUAUGCAAUUUAUUAUAAAUAUCCCGAUGCUGCUUUAGCGAUGGUUACUCACGAGGAUAGAGCUCAAGAAAUAAUGAUGUUAAAAUCGCAUAAACAUCCUUGUGUUACGUUAGCUUUAAUCGCUUCAAUGCCGAGAGUUUUUGAAGCUGUUCAAGAUAAAUGUAUUACGAAAGCUAAUUGUAAAAAGGAUUCAAAAUCGUUUUAUAUUAAAUAUAGUUUUUCUUGUUUACAAUGUCCACAAUUUUACGCCGAUAUGGAUGGAAAAACGGGAGAGGCUUUAAAUAUCUCAACGCCGAUUCCUUUACCCGCUUUAAACGCGAUGGUCAGUCAUGGAAGAGUCGAACUCUUAGCUCACCCUCUAAGCCAAAAGUAUCUUCAAAUGAAAUGGAAUUCGUAUGGGAAAUAUUUCCACGUCGCGAACGUUUUAUUUUACACGUUUUUUCUUGGAUUUGUUACAUACUUUGCUUCUUUUGAAAUGAUGAACAAACAAGUGUGUCAUGUUCCUAUUAAGAAUUCUUCGAAUCAAAGUUAUGAAUUAACAACUACUAUGCCCGAUGAAAAUUAUAACGACGAAGAAGACAACGCUAUAAACUCAACUUUCACCCCAAUGAUGUAUAUAAGUGCUUUAGCAAUUUUAACGUACAUAGGAAUCAAUUCGAUUCGCGAAUUCAUCCAAAUUUACCAACAAAAAUACUUCUACUUCUUAGACCCAAUCAAUCUUAUUUCUUGGUUACUUUACAGCUCGGUUAUUGUAAUGAUCUUUUUCUCGGGAAAAUCAAGCUGCACAAUACAGUUCUCCUCGGCUUCGUUAGCCGUAUUUCUUUGUUGGUUUAAUCUAUUAUUACUUCUCCAAAGAUUCGAUCAAGUUGGAAUUUACGUCGUAAUGUUCUUAGAAAUCUUACAAACGUUAAUAAAAGUUUUGAUGGUUUUUUCGAUUUUAAUCAUCGCUUUUGGGCUAGCUUUUUACAUCUUGUUAUCGAAGGCGAAUCACGAAUCGUUCGGGACGAUGUCUUUAUCGAUGGUUAGAACGUUUUCGAUGAUGUUGGGCGAAAUCGAUUUUGUUGGAACUUACGUUCAUCCUUAUACAAAACCAAAAAUCGAAGGAAAAGAGUUACCUUAUCCGAUGCCGACGCUUUUUAUUUUUAUUAUUUUUAUGGUGUUGAUGCCGAUUUUGUUAAUGAAUUUACUAAUUGGUUUGGCCGUUGGAGAUAUUGAAUCCGUUCGAAGAAAUGCUCAAUUAAAAAGAUUAGCUAUGCAGGUGAUUUUACACAGUGAAUUAGAACGAAAAUUACCAAGAUUUUUAUUGGAGAAGGUCGAUAAGUGCGAAAUAAUCGAGUACCCAAACGACAUCAAAUGCAAAUUGGGAAUUUUAGAUUCGAUUUUAAGAAAAUGGUUUGGAAAUCCUUUCUCAGACGAUGGAAAAGCGAAAAGGCACGGCACCUAUUUCAGGCCGAGGUGGCGCACUGCUGGUUUGGAUAUGGUUAUUGAAAGUGGCGAAGACUACGUAAUCGGAGAAAUAGAAAAAACCAAAAAGAAAUUAAAAGAUAUCACUUCAAUUUUAGAGACGCAACAACAAUUUUUAAGGCUAAUAGUUCAAAAAAUGGAAAUUAAAACGGAAGCUGAUGAUGUCGAUGAGGGUGUUUCACCGAACGAUUUAAACCCGCUACAAGGAAACUCGAAUAAAUGGCAAUCGCCGAGGAUAAGGAAAAAAUUAAGAUCUGCGAUGAGUUUUACGAGUAAAAAUUAACUUUCGUUUUAUGUUGAAUAGAUAAGUUUUUCUAAAAAUUUUUCACAAAAACUAAACUAACCUCAAAAAAAGAUCUUUUAAAUGUUUUAAUGCUUACGUGUAAAAGUAGAUGAUUUUUGUCUAAAAUAAA